AUGGACAGCGACGGCAAGAAGGGCAAGAAGGGCUUCGUGUCGCCCAUCAAGAGGCUGGUGUUCCCCAGGGCGGCGCGGCGCCCCGCGCCCCGMGGCACCGGCCACCGGCGCCCGCUCCACUCCGUGCCCCUCUACCCGCCCGACUACCUCAUCGACCCCCAGGUCCUGCUGCACGACUACGUGGAGAAGGAGGUGAAGUUCCUGGGGCAGCUGACGUGGGUGACGGCCUCGCUGAACCCCUCCAGCCGCGACGAGGUGCUGCAGCUGCUGGACACGGCCAGGCAGCUGCAGGAGCUGCCGCUGCGCACGGCGCCCGAGCAGGAYGGCAUCCUGAGCCUGUCUGCGCGCUGCCUGCUGCUCACGUGGCGCGACGACGAGGAGCUCAUCCUGCGCAUCCCCACGCACGAGAUCGCCGCCGCCUCCUACCUGCGCGACGACGCCCUGCACCUCCUCAUCCUCAAGACGGACCCUGCUGCCCCCAGCCCCAUUGCAGGUCCCACUGCCCCCAGCCCCAUCACCUCAGAGCCUGCUGUCCUACUCCCACUACCCCCAAGCCACCUGGAGCGCCCCGCGGCCGGCGGCAGCUGGGAGCGGCGCCAGGGCGGCCGCCCCUUCGGCAGCUGGGAGCGGCGGCAGCCGCGCGGCGGCAGCUGGGAGCGCGGCAAGGCCUACGGCAGCUGGGAGCGGCGGCACGCGGGUGCCAACCCGCUCGACCCGCAGGAGCCCUGCGCCGGCGCCUACUCCAACCUUGUCAUCCUCGCCGUGGCCAACAGGGAUGUCGCCGAGGAGUCCUGCGCCCUCAUCUGCCAGGUCUUCCAGAUCAUCUACGGCGACCAGAGCAUCGAGUGCGUGGACCGCGCCGGCUACCACUACAGCUGCCCGCCCGAGCGGCCCUGGCUGCGCAGCCGCAGCGAGAGCUGCCGCACCGACGGCACGUACGGCUACGACGCCGACUUCAGCUGCUGCAGCUCCUUCAACGGCUCCCACGAGACCUUCGAGGCCUACUACAGCGGCGCCUCCUCGCCCUCCUUCCACCAGUCCCACCACAGCCUGGCCACGGCCUGCAGCGGCAGCGACCAGAGCAGCGCCGGCCUGGAGCAGCUGCAGGACUACAUGGUGACGCUGCGCAACAAGCUCUCGCCCGCCGAGAUCCAGCAGUUCGCGCUGCUGCUGCGCGAGUACCGCCUGGGGCUGCCGGUGCGCGAGUACUGCGGCGACCUGCUGCGCCUCUACGGCGAGCGCAGGAAGUUCCUGCUCCUGGGAAUGCGGCCCUUCAUCCCCGACCACGACAUCGGCUACUUCGAGACCUUCCUGGAGAGCAUCGGCAUCCGCGAGGGCGGCAUCCUCACCGACAGCUUCGGCCGCAUCAAGCGCAGCAUGAGCAGCACGUCGGCCUCGGCCGUGCGCAGCUACGACAGCUGCUCCCUGCGCUCCGAGGCCGAGUCCUUCAACCGCAUGAUCACGGACAUCACCCAYGACAUCGAGGCCCUGGCGUGCAACGAGGACGAGGACGGCGGGGAAGAGGAGGACAACUACCUGUGA